AUGUUAAUUCAAUCAAAUGAUAAUCAACAAAAUCAAAUUAAAUAUGAAUAUCUUUUUUUUAGAAUAUGGAGAGACAUAACAAUCAGAUCUAAAAUAUUUAAGCAGGUUUACAUUAUUAAUAGAUAUAAAAAAUCAUACACAUUUUAUGAAAUUACAAAUGUUGGUUGGAUGAUAUCAAAUGGUUAUUUAAAUUUAUUAAAUGAAAAGAUUACAUUAAUUAAUAAAAAUAAAAAUAUUAUUUUUAAUAGUAAUAAUAAUAGUAAUAGUAAUAAUUAUAAUAAUAAUUAUUUACAAUUUGAUAAUGAAUCAUUAAAAAUGAUUGGAUCAAUAAAUGAUUCAAAUUUAUUUAAAAAAUUAUUAGAUUAUUAUAAUUCAUAUAUAGCAAUCAGUUUAAAUGGAUUUGAAUCAACUAAUUUACCACAAUAUUUAUUUGGUGGUAAAUAUAAUGGGUCCACCACCAAUAAUAAUAAUAAUAAUAAUAAUAGUAAUAAUAAUAAUAUACCGAAUAUCACAACAAAUAAUACAAAUAAUACAAAUAAUAAUAAUAUACAAACAUCAGUGUUUAAUCAGAACAAUAGUGAAGAAAUUUUACAUAUAAUAAUAAAUAAUGAAGAGAAUCCAGUGUUUAUGGAAACAAAACCAAAGUUUGAAAAAGAUAGAUUAAAAAUGUAUAUGAAAGGUGACGAAUUAAUUUUUGAAGGUUUAUUAUUGCCAUCAACACCAAUACCAUCUUUAUCAUCAUCAUCAUUGUUAUUAUCAUCUUCAAUUGAAAAUUUACAAUAUUUUAUUAAUAAUGGUAAAAAUCAUAUAAAUUAUGAAACAUUGUUUUUAAACUUUCUAUUAAAUUCACAUAAUACAUUACAAUUACCAUUAAAUUCAGUGAGAUUCAUAUUCGAAUCAAUUUUAGCUAAUGAAAAUAAUAUUGAAAUCUCAAAAAAGUACUUUCAAAGAUAUUGGAUUCAUAUUUUUACAAAAUUAAUUCAUCCAACAAGUUAUACAGGUAUUACACCAUCAAUUCCAUUUUCAAAUAAUAGUAGUAGUAGUAGUAAUAAUAAUAGUAAUAAUAGUAGUAGUAAUAGUAGUAAUGAUCCAUCAACUUUAAUUAAUAAAAGGCAUGAAUCAAUUUUAGUUUAUUUAAUUUCAAUUUUAUUUAAAGAACAACAAGAACAACAACAAGAACAACAACAACAACAACAACAAUCAUCAUCAGAACCAUUAUUAUCAAAUUAUUUUAUUAAUUAUUUUGAUAAUGAUUUUUUAAAAACAAUUAUUGGAUUAUUAAAGGAUACAAGGAUUAGAGAAAUACCAUUUUCAGUUUGUUUACAACUUGAUAGAUUUAAUUUAUUAUCAAGGUUAAAUAAUAAAGAAUUGAUAAUGUUUAUAUUUGAAAAGUUUAAAUUUAUAAAUAUUCAAAUAUUACAAUUCAUUGAAUCUAAGAUUGAUUUAGAAUUAAUUAAAUCUAAAUCUGUAUCAUUUGUAAAUAUAAUUGUAAAAUCAUUAUUAAAUGAUAAAUCAUCAAUUUAUAAUCAAUCUUCAAUUGAUCUAUUAUGGUAUUUAGUUAAUAAUAAUUAUUAUUUACCACCAUUAUUUUUACAAAUUUCUUCAUUUUAUGGUAAUUUAGAAUUGGUUUUAAAAUUUUUUGAAAUUAAAGAAUUUGAAAUCAAAUUAAAUAAUAAUAAUAAAGAUGAUUUUAAUAAUUUUAUUAAUGAUAAUUUAAUUAAAACUUCUUUAAAUAUAUCAGUAUUAUGUGGAGUUCAUAAAAUAAAUUGUUCAAGUAAAAAAAUAAAUAAUAAUAAUAAUAAUAAUAAUAAUAAUAAUAAUAAUAAUAAUAAUAAUAAUAAUAAUAAUAAUAAUAAUAAUAAUAAUAAUAAUAAUAAUAAUAAUAAUAAUAAUAAUAAUAAUAAUAAUAAUAAUAAUAAUGGUUUUGAUAGUUAUGAAUAUUCAGUUUCAAUUGAUUUUAAUAAAAAAGAUUCAUUUGAAACUCAAUUAUUUCAAGUUAUGUCUGAUUUUACAACUCAUCAACAACAGCAACCAAUUAAUCAAGAUUUGGAUCCUUUCAAUAAUAUUGAUAAUAAUGGUAAUAAUAAUUCAAAUAAUAAUAGUUCAAAUCAUAAUGAUACAAAUAUUGAAAUUUAUACAUUAAGAACUCAUUUAUAUGAUAGAUUUGUAGAGAAAAGAUAUUUUAGUAAAUCAACAAUUGAUACUUUUGUUUGUGAUUUAAAAAAAAUUAAAAAGGAUAGAUUUGAAUAUAAUGAAAUGUUAAAUCAAAGAAAACCAUAUUAUAAUAAUCAUUUAAAUGUUGUUUCUUAUUUACUAUCAAAAGGUAUAACUGGUCAAACUAGUCAUUUAAUUGGUCAUGCUUGCAUUGGUGGUUCUUUAGAAAUUAUUGAUUUAUUAUUAUCAACAACAACAUCAUCAUCAACAAUAUCAACAACAUCAACAACAUCAACAUCAUCAUCAUUAGAUAAUCAAGAUGAAUCAAUACUACUACAACAACAACAAUUAUUAAAUUCAGAACUUAUUUUAAUUAAUGCAGUUAAUACAAGUGCAUGUCCAGUUAAAAUUUCAAUUAAAUUAAAUAAUAUGAAAAUUUUAUCAUUUCUUUAUCAGUGCGGUAAAAUACCAUUAUCAAGAUUUCAUAAAUCAAAUUUACAACAACUUUUAACAUAUCCUUUAAUAUUUGGUAAUUUAGAAAUGAUUAAAUUCAUUUAUAAUCAAAUUGAAACAAAUAAUUCAAUACAAGAUUCAACAAAUAAAUAUUAUUAUACUACAAAAUCAUCUUUUACAAUGACUUCAUUUCAAUCAUCAACUUGUCAAUUACCAAAUAAAAAAUUUAAACAAAUUUUAGAUUUUAAUCAAAAUAAUCAAAAUAAUCAAAAUAAUAAUAAUCAAAUAAACAAUAAUAAUAAUAAUAAUAAUAAUAAUAAUAAUAAUAAUAAUAAUAAUAAUAAUCAAAAUAAUAAUAAUAAUAUUAUUAAAAGACAAUCAAGUGCAAUUUUAUUUUCAUCAUGUUGUUCAACAAAUUUAAAUAAUUUAGAGAUUAUUAAAUAUUUACAAUCAAUUAGAAAUAUUGAAAUUAUGGAUAGAGAUAUUAUUUAUUCAAUAUUAUGUGGUGGAAUAAAUCAAGUUACAAAAUAUUUAUAUACAAAUAGAAAACAAGAGAUUUCCAAAGCAUUGUUGGCAGCAUGUUAUGUUAAAAAUUUUGAAAUCGUUGAUUUUAUAAUUGAUGGUGUUAAUAGGGUUGGUCAAUAUUUAAGUGAUAAUAAUAAUGAUGAUAUUAAAAUACUAUUAUCAAGUAACACAAGUGAUAGUGAUAAUAGUAUUUAUUAUAUUGAAAAGAUAUUAAAUUCAAAAUUAAACUAUCAAAACUAUGGUAAUUCAAAUGGUCAAUUAUUCGCUGGUGAAAUAUUUUCAAUACCUUUUAUCAAUGGAAAUUUAAAAACUGGUGAACUCUUUCUAAGAUCUUCCUUAAUCGAUUGGUCAAUUAAUAGUUUAAAUGAUUCACAAUUUUUAAUACCAAUUUUAUAUUUUGGAAGAAAAGAAUUGGUUGGUGAUAAAUUUUUAUUUAGAAAUAAUUGUUUAAAACCACCUACUAUUACCAAUGGCAAUGGUAAUGGUAUAAUUGACAAUUUUACAGUUUCAUCUUAUUCUUCAAUUCAAGAUCCAAUUACAAUUAAUCAAUUAUUUUCAAUGAUUGGUUGUUUAGAUUUAACAAGAGUGAUUGUUAAUUUUAGAUCAUCAAAUGAAAUUUCAAUUUUACUUUAUCAUUUAUUUUCAAUGGGUAGUUUUAAAAUUGAUAUCUCUUUAGGAAUUUUAGAAAUUCUAAUCUUUCAAUCAGAUUUAUUCACAUUGGAAUUACUUUAUCAAAUGAUACCUGGUUUUAGAAAAUAUUUCACUUGGUCACUCUUUAAAUAUUCAAUAAAAUUUCAAAAUUUACCAAUCAUUUCAUUUAUCUUUGAAAAGGUUUAUCAUCAAAUUUUAUCUGAUCAAAAUGUAUUCAAUGGUUUAAUGGAUUUAGUUGAUGAUUAUUUUGAUUCAAAUUUAAAAUUAAUUAAAUUAUUUAAACAAUUUAAAUUAUUUUUAAAAAAUAAUAAAAAAUAA